AUGUCAAACCCUCAGCCGUUGAGCAGCCCUGUGGAUAAAUUUCCGUCGUUCGUCGAUGAGGCUUCCGAUCGCUCAGUCGAAUCGGGGAACGCACGUUCAGCCCAACCGCUCAGAAACGACUCCGACGAUCUCUGGCAACCUCGGAAAGCUGGACAUGUUUUCUGGGAGCACGUCAAUGGGUUGGGAAUCUCAAAACAUAGAUCACGAAAAAGCAUCAGUGAAGCCAUUAGCACCAUCCGGACGCGGAAUGCUAGUAUGAGUGCCAAUGCGCAUGAAUUGGCGGAAGCCCUCAGGGCGCCCAUAUCAUACAGGCUGAUAGGACUCUGUCUUAUCUGGUACAUGACGUCGGCCCUCACAAAUACUUCCUCCAAGUCCAUAUUGAAUGCCCUCCCCAAACCAAUAACUCUUACCAUCGUCCAAUUUGCUUUCGUCUCGAUAUGGUGUUUAUUGCUCUCAUAUUUUUCCACAUUAUUUCCGGCCCUGAAGAGAGUUGUGCCGGCGCUCAAAAAUGGCAUACUCCCCCUGUCCCGUGAAGUGAUCACAACAGCAUUGCCCUUGGCUAUUUUUCAGCUUGCGGGGCAUAUCCUAAGCUCUAUGGCCACAUCACAGAUUCCGGUCUCGCUAGUUCACACAAUCAAAGGGCUCUCGCCCUUAUUUACGGUCUUGGCGUAUCGCAUCUUCUUCAGGAUCAAAUACGCCCGAGCCACCUAUCUGUCAUUGAUUCCUUUGACAGUCGGUGUCAUGCUUGCUUGUUCGACGGGGUUUUCUACCAACUUUUUUGGGAUACUGUGCGCGUUAUGUGCCGCCUUGGUGUUUGUUUCACAAAACAUCUUUUCCAAGAAGCUUUUCAACGAAGCGUCGCGGGCGGAGUCUGAGCCACAACCAAAUGGGCGGCGCAAGCUGGACAAACUUAACCUGCUUUACUAUUGUUCUGGGAUGGCCUUCCUCCUCACUUUGCCAAUUUGGUUUAUCAGCGAGGGUUAUCAAUUGGCCGCGGAAUUCCUUCGCAGCGGCACGAUCGCUCUUUCAGAGAAGGAAGGGUCAUUGGAUCACGGUGCUCUCCUCUUCGAGUUCAUUUUCAACGGUCUGUCCCACUUCGCUCAAAACAUACUGGCCUUCGUGCUGUUAUCGAUGAUAUCUCCGGUUUCCUACUCGGUAGCAUCGUUGAUCAAGCGAGUCUUUGUCAUCGUCGUUGCUAUCGUUUGGUUCGGAAGCUCGACAACCCCUGUUCAGGCACUUGGUAUUGUGCUUACCUUUAUUGGAUUAUAUCUCUACGAUCGCAAUAGUCAUGAUGAUAUUGCCGAUCAACGGGCAAAUGCGGAUCGCUUCCGAAGUCGAGAUUCAAUUUUACCUCUGACCGGUGGCACACCGAGCAAGCCAUGGGAUUCAAACGGUUUUGCAUUCCCUGCGGCGAAGCAUGGAGAUGAUCGCCACUCCGAUUCUCCAUCGUUAAGUGAGCAGAAAAAGGAAGAUGACCGUCCAGGACAGGUUCGAGUAAGAGGUAAUAGCCUCUCCCGAACAUGGCUCCCGCCCGGUACCAAACAAGAGACCACCUGGCAACCGGGUGAUUCGCAGAGUUCCCAAUAA